GCGGCGGGCAGGCGGGCGGCUCUCGCGCUCCCGCUCUCACCCGCAACACACACCGCCCACACACACACGCACACACACCUGCAAACGCACUCCCGCUGGCCCGGGCCGCCCCGCGCGGGGCACAGAGGCGGGGAUCGGCGGGCGGGCGGGAGGCGCCCCGAGCCCGCGCCCACCGCGGAUCCUUUGCGCGCGGCAGCCGCUCGGCGCAGCCGGCAGCCCGGCCGUCCUGCCGGGAGAUGGUCCACGAGCGGUGGAAGACCAUGGGCGGCGCGUCACAACUUGAGGACCAGCCGCGCGACAAGCCGCAGCGGCCGAGCUGUGGCUACGUGCUGUGCACGGUGCUGCUCUCCCUGGCCGUGCUGCUGGCCGUGGCCGUCACCGGGGCCGUGCUCUUCCUGAAUCACACACACACGCCCGGCACGGCCCUCCCGCCCGUGGUCAGCACGGGGCCGGCGGGUGCCAACAGCGCCCUGGUCACCGUGGAGAGAGCCGACAGCUCGCGCCUCAGCAUCCUCAUCGACCCCCGCUGCCCCGACCUUGCCGACGGCUUCGCCCGCCUGGAGGGCGCCCAGGCCUCCGUGCUGCAGGCGCUGACCAAGCGCCAGGCCGAGCCCCAGCUGGUGGGCGAACAGGACCGGGAGCUGCUGGACACGCUGGCUGACCAGCUGCCCCGGCUGCUGGCCCGGGCCUCGGAGCUGCAGGCCGAGUGCGCGGGGCUGCGGAAGAGCCAUGGUGCACUGGGCCAGGGCCUCGGUGCCCUGCAGAACGAGCAGGCCCACCUCCUCCAGCUUCUCUCCGAGAGCCAAGGCCACAUGGCUCACCUGGUGAACUUGGUCAGUGACGUCCUGGACGCCCUGCACAGGGACCGGGGGCUGAGCCGGCCCCGAGUCAAGGCCGACCUUCAGAGGGCGCCUGCCCGGGGGUCGCGGCCCCGGGGCUGUGCCAACGGCUCUCGGCCCCGCGACUGCCUGGACGUCCUCCUGAGCGGGCGGCAGGAGGACGGCGUUUACUCCGUGUUCCCCACGCACGACCCCGCCGGCUUCCAGGUCUACUGCGACAUGCGCACGGACGGCGGCGGCUGGACGGUGUUCCAGCGGCGCGCAGACGGCUCGGUGAACUUCUUCCGCGGCUGGGAGGCCUACCGGGACGGCUUCGGCAGGCUCACCGGGGAGCACUGGCUAGGGCUCAAGAGGCUCCACGCGCUGACGGCCCAGGCGGCCUACGAGCUGCACGUGGACCUGGAGGACUUCGACAACGGCACGGCCUACGCCCACUACCGCAGCUUCGGGGUGGGCCUGCUCUCCGUGGACCCCGAGGAGGACGGGUACCCGCUCACCGUGGCCGACUACUCAGGCACGGCAGGGGACUCCCUCCUGAAGCACAGCGGCAUGCGCUUCACCACCAAGGACCGCGACAGCGACCACUCGGACAACAACUGCGCCGCCUUCUACCGCGGCGCCUGGUGGUACCGCAACUGCCACACGUCCAACCUCAACGGGCAGUACCUGCGCGGCGCGCACGCCUCCUACGCCGACGGCGUCGAGUGGUCGUCCUGGACCGGCUGGCAGUACUCGCUCAAGUUCUCCGAGAUGAAGAUCCGGCCGGUCCGGGAGGACCGCUAGCCCCGCCCCGCCCCGCCCGCCG